UCUACUGCCCCGCCCAAAUCUCAAUUAGACUACGCUCCGCCAACUGCAGAAACUGGUGUGGAAAGCAGUUAGUUUGGAGUAAAACAACCCUCGGAAAGGAGGCUGAAAAAGACUUUCAAAACACAGUAAGGCAAACAAAGGAGCGCAGUGUCAUUCUCGUAAUCGAAUUGUCCAGGUAACUUCCAAAUUCUCCAGACAUCAUACAUCUUUCGUUUAUGUCUGCAGCCAGGUGGAAAUUAUCCUAUCAGUAUGUUUAAUUCACUUCAGGCGGGUUGGGGGGAUAGAGAAGGCACGAUGGUGUCUCUGAAAAACGUAUAUCCUCCAAGUGAAGGAAUACGGCACGAGCAAGGUGAAAUCACCGCUAUUUGGAAUGGCGAGGGGCUUGGACCAGGGACUCUGUACAUUGCAGAAACAUGUGUAUCAUGGUUCGAUGGGUCUGGAAUGGGCUUUUCUUUGGAAUACCGGUCAAUCAGCCUCCACGCAAUCUCGCGGGACCUUACCGCGUACCCGAAAGAGCACCUGUACGUCAUGGUCAACACCAAACUCAAAGAUAACUGUGAGAAGGAUGUGGAGGAAGAGGAUGAUGAAGAUGAGAGUACUGAUGAUGACUGCGAUGCUGAUUCCAUAAGUCCUGUUACAGAGAUCCGUUUUGUGCCCAGUGACACGGCUUCCUUGGAGCCCAUGUUCUCAGCCAUCUCUGAAUGCCAGGCCCUGCACCCUGACCCUGAAGACUCAGACUCUGAGGGAGAUGAGUACGACGUUGAAGAAGCUGAACAGGGUCAGAUAGACCUGACCGCAUUUUACAAUUUUGAGGAUGGUCUGUCCCAGCUCACCCUGGAGGGCCAGGCCACCCUGGAAAAACUGGAGGGGAUGCUGGCCAACUCUGCAUCCCAGAAACACCACUGUGUGGCCGGGGCCAUGCCCGAGGACACCCCAACGGGAUGCUGCAAUGAGUCUGGUGCAGUAGGGGUCUCAGGACAGUUUGAAGACGCCGACGUUGAUCAUUGAUGGAACAGAGAGGCCCUUGUUCGCACCCCCCUGACUGAAAGCUUUUUGAAAACGGGGGCAUUAGGGUGGAAUCGAGGAGGGAGGCCUAAAGGUCUGAUUGCGUAACACAGAUGCAGGGAGGGCCAAGGCACUGGGUCUCCUCUGAAUGAGUACAGAGAAAUAAUUUUGAAAGUCUCACCCAGCUAAUCUCUACUGGCGGGUCACCAUAGGCCUCUAAGUCUGGAAGACUAACACAAAUAACAACUCACUUUUUUUUAUGUGGAGUUUCCAUUUUUGUUACUGAGAGAAAAGACCAGCAGAUUUAUUUUGAGCUUUGUAUGUUCAAAUACUAAAUAAUAAAACUUGGUUUUGUAUAAAGCAAA